AUGGCCGAAAGUGAAGGUAAUGAAAAAAUGGCUGCUCUGGAGGCCAAAAUCUGUCAUCACAUUGAGUAUUAUUUUGGAGACUUCAAUUUGCCACGGGACAAAUUUUUAAAAGAACAAAUUAAAUUGGAUGAAGGCUGGGUACCUUUGGAAAUAAUGAUAAAAUUCAACAGGUUAAAUCGUCUAACAACAGGUUUUAAAGUAAUAGUGGAAGCACUGAGCAAAUCUAAGGCAAGACUCAUGGAAAUCAGUGUUGAUAAAACUAAAAUCAGACAGUCUCCAAGCAAACCCCUCCCUGAAGUGACUGAUGAGUAUAAAAAUGAUGUAAAAAACAGAUCUGUUUAUAUUAAAGGAUUUCCUACUGAUGCAACCCUUGAUGACACAAAAGAAUGGCUGGAAGAUAAAGGGCAAAUAUUAAAUAUUCAGAUGAGAAGAACAUUGCACAAAACAUUUAAGGGAUCAAUAUUUGCUGUGUUUGAUAGCAUUCACUCAGCCAAGAAGUUUGUAGAAACCCGUGGCCAGAAAUACAAAGGCACAGACCUACUAAUACUUUUUAAAGACGAUUACUUUGCCAAAAAAAAAAAUGAAGAAAGAAAGCAAAAUAAAGUGGAUGCUAAAUUAAGAGCCAGGCAAGAUCAAGAAGGAAGACAUAAGUUAGGGCAUGCUGAAAUGAGAUCUCUGGAAGGAAAGAUUGGAUGCUUACUGAAGUUUUCAGGUGAUCUAGAUGAUCAGACCUGUAGAGAAGAUUUACACAUCCUUUUCUCAAAUCAUGGUGAAAUAAAAUGGAUUGACUUUGUUAGAGGAGCAAAAGAGGGAAUAAUUCUUUUUAAAGAAACCAAGGACGCACUGGAGAAAGCCAAAAAGGCAAAUAAUGGUAGCCUACAAUUAAGGAACAAAAAAGUGAGUUGUAAAGUACUAGAAGGACAUGUGGAGAGAGAUACAUUAAAAAAAAUCAUAGAGGAUCAACAAGAAUCCCUAAGCAAAUGGAAGGCAAAAGGUCGCAGAUUUAAAGGAAAAGGAAAGGGAAAUAGAGGUGCCCAUCCUGGGUCUGCUAAGGGAAAAGUACACUUUCAGGGCAGGAGAACAAGAUUUGAUAGUGAUUCUGACUGUGGACCAACGAAGAGAGGAAGAGAUGACAGAGACAGAGGAGAGCCGGCAUCAAAGUACCAGAAAACAGAAAAUGGUUCUAGACACAAGUAAUUUAGUAAAUAAAUU